GCCUGCAGCAGCCCGGCCGCUCCGGGGCCGCCGCCAUGACCAUCAGCGCGCUCCGCCCGGGGGGCAGCCCGCGCCUGCAGCUGCCCUGCCUGGCCAAGAUGGAGCGCGUGGUGCUGGGCAUGCAGGACCCGGACAUGGGCAUCAAGCUGCGCAGUCAACGCCUCCUGCUCACGGUCAUCCCGCACGCCAUGACCGGAUACGACAUCGUGGAGUGGCUCCUGCAGAAAUACGGCCUCUCGGAAGAGGAGUCCCUGCACCUGGGCAAGCUGAUCGUGAAGCACGGCUACAUCUACCCGCUGAAGGAGCCCCGCAGCCUCGCCCUGCGCGUCGACGAGACGCCCUACCGCUUCCAGACCCCCUAUUUCUGGAUGAGCACCAAGUGGCCAGCGACAGACCUGGAUUAUGCCAUCUACCUGGCCAAGAAGAACAUCCGUAAGCAGGGGGAGCUCAUUGAGCAUGAGAAGGAAGAUUACAACCAGCUGCACAAAAGGAUCAACCACACCUGGGACUUUGUUGUUAUGCAGGCCAGAGAGCAGCUCCGGGCAGCCAAGCAGCGGCGGAAGGGCGACCGGAUCGUCAUCGAGUGCCAGGAACAGGCCUACUGGCUCGUCAACAGGCCCCCGCCUGGCAGCCUGAACGUGAUGGAGGGAGGGCCGGAGAGGAGGAACUGCCAGAGCACCCGAGUCCAGCUGGAAAAGAACACGGAUUAUUACAAACGGGAGAUCCGCUACUGCCGCGCCGCCAUGGGCAGGACAAGGGUCAAGUCUUCCAUCUGCCUGGAAGGGUACCUCAAGUUCAAUGAGCAAUACGUGCCGCAUGAUCCCAUCAUGUCUGGCUGCCUCCCCAGUAAUCCCUGGAUCACAGACGACACCACCUACUGGGCCAUGAACGCCCCCACGGUGACAGCCCCCACCAAGCUGCGAGUGGAGCGCUGGAGCUUUGGCUUCAGUGAGCUGAUUGGGGACAGCCUGGGCCGGGUGCAGCUCCUGGAGUUCCUCAAGAAGGAGUUCAGCGCCGAGAACCUGAGCUUCUGGGAGGCCUGCGAAGAGCUGCGCUACGGAGAGCAGGCCCGGAUUGAGGAGAUUGUGGACUCCAUCUACCAGCAGUUCCUGGCCCCUGGGGCCACCCGCUGGGUGAACAUCGACAGCAAGACGAUGGAGAGGACUCUGGAAGGCAUUAAGACCCCCCACCGCUACGUCAUGGAUGACGCCCAAAUGCACAUCUACAUGCUGAUGAAGAAGGACUCCUACCCUCGCUUCCUGAAGUCCGAUCUCUACAAGAAUCUGCUGGCGGAGGCUGUCAUCCCCCCGGAGACGAAGAAGCGGGUCUUUCCUUUCAUGCGGAAGCAGCGCCACUCCAGCCCCAGUCCUGCCAUGCCGCCCCCCCAGGGGGACCAUGAGGCAAAGGCCGAAGACAAGAGCAAAGCAGGGCCGCCCGCCCCGGUGGAGGAGGGGGGUGAAGAGGACGGCGGCACCUAGGACCCCCCCCCAAUUCCCCUUGCCAUCCACACACAGGCAGGAGAAGGGCCUGCCUUUGCCCCCCCUAGACAAGCACUGCUGACUCGCCUGGACGUCCCUCGACCGAUGCUCAUAACUGACCUUCCUGUAUCCCCCCCCCCACUGGAACGAAGCCAUAUGAUGCAGGAGCCCAGCACAGACGCAUCACCUCCUCUGCCUUAUCUGCUUCUUGGAGCACUGCCCCUCCCCUUGCCUCAGGAAUUGCCCCCCUCCCCGCCUAGAGUGCCCACCUGCUCCCAACCCCCCUCCUUCAGCUGAGCAGCGUUCCUGGCCCCCUCCCUCCCAUGCACAACUGACUCAGGCUGUCCCUAAAACCCCAGAGGUGGAAGGCCUUGUGUGUACCCCCCACAGGUCCUCCAGUGGUUUGUGAGGGACGCCACCCCUGGCCAGGCCUCCAGAUGGGGCCCAGAGCAGGGUGGGGGUGUCCUUUGCUCCCGCAGCUGCCCGAGGGGAGGGGGCAGUGCAAGGCCAGAAGGGCUGGACUUUCUUCUGCUCUGCGCCCCCCCCCCACCCACUCAGCCCUCCAGAUGUCUUCCAGCACCUGUCCGGUGUGUGAAGGAGGCUGCAGCUGCUGCAAGAUCUGUUCUGCAAAGAUGGAAUCCAAUAAAAACCCGUAGGAACAGCAGA